CCUUGCUAGUAUGAUUGAAUCUGGAGAUGGCGAGGGCUCCAAGCCUCCUUCCUACGAAAGAAUAGUACUUAAGAAUGCUUCCGAAUACUACUAUCUGAAGAUCCAUUUGGAAUUCCAAGAAGUGGGCCUUAGCCUGAAUGCUGUCGAAUUCAAACAACUUAUUAUCUCCGCUCUGAAACGGCUGCAUGGCGAGGUUGGUGCAGCCCUGCCCGUGGAUGUGCUGUCGUAUGAAGAAAAAAACUUAUUUGCCAUACUUCGAGUCCCUAUCACUGGCCUGGUAAAGCUGUGGAGUGCAUUGACCCUGCUCGAUUCCUACCAGAACAGAAAGUGUGCUUUCAGAGUCACACAGACCUCUCCAUUCCUUCUAGCAUUAGCUGGGAACAGCAGAGAGCUUGUGCUGGACUGAACACACAGGAAACACAAGUGACAGGAUUUGU